CAGAAUUUGAUUGACAGAUGCAUGCCAGAAACCCCCAUUCUCUUUUUCAAAGACUACAUAUGAUGGAUUGCGAUCUUGCAGCUCAGCAGGACACAGGGACCAUGCAAGCUGUAAUUGGUCAGGAUCCAAUGAUAGCUGGACAAGUCAGUAAGCCCUUGCUGUCACUGCGGAGUGAAAUGAAUGCAGAGUUGAGAGGUGAGAACAAGGCAGCUGCUUCAGACAACGAGCUGAAUGAGCCCCUGCUUGCGCCCGUGGAAUCAAAUGACAACCAGGACACUCCCAGCAAGCUCUUCGGAGCCAGAGGAAACACAGCGCUGUCUGAUACAAGCACAUCUGAUCAGCACCAACCCAGUCAAUCCCAUCCAGCGUUCCCUGUCGGGCCCCAGCCACUACUGACGGCGCAGCAGCUAGCCUCAGCUGUAGCAGGGGUGAUGCCAGGAGGCACGCCAGCACUGAAUCAACCUAUCCUUAUUCCUUUCAACAUGGCGGGUCAGCUGGGGGGCCAGCAAGGACUGGUCUUGACUUUGCCUACCGCUAAUCUCACCAACAUCCAAGGGCUGGUGGCCGCAGCUGCAGCAGGAGGCAUCAUGACUUUGCCGUUGCAAAAUCUACAAGCUACCUCAUCCCUGAACUCCCAGCUUCAGCAGCUUCAGCAGCUUCAACACCUCCAGCAGCAGCAACAACAACAACAACAAGGCCAAACUAGCCAGCAGCCACAGGGACAAGCCAGCCAGCCACCACAUCAAUCUCAGCCACAGCCACAGACGCAGCAGACGCAGCAGCCACAGCCCCCGCCUCCACCACAGACGCAGCAAACACAAAGCCAGAGUCAGCCGCCACCAGCUCAGCAGUCUUCAAGCUCUCCUCAAAAGCCCAACCAGUCACCGGGGCAUGGCCUUCCCUCACCUCUCACGUCACCAAACUCACUCCAGCUGGUUAAUAAUCCUCUAGCAAGCCAAGCAGCGGCAGCAGCGGCAGCCGCCGCCAUGGGCUCCAUAGCCAGCUCGCAGGCCUUUGGCAAUGCACUCUCCGGUCUACAGGGGGUCACAGGUCAACUAGUCACUAAUGCACAAGGACAGAUCAUUGGAACAAUCCCACUGAUGCCUAAUCCAGUCUCAUCUAACCAGUCAACUGGAGGAGCUCAGGGCCUUCAAGUGCAGCCAAUUACGCCACAAUUACUGACCAAUGCCCAGGGGCAAAUCAUUGCCACAGUCAUUGGAAACCAGAUAUUGCCAGUGAUCAACACCCAGGGAAUCACACUUUCGCCACUCAAACCAGGCCAACAGCUCCACCAGCCAUCCCAGACGCAGGUGGGGCAAGCAGCAUCCCAGUCCAAUCUCCUACAUUUAGCUCACAGUCAAGCAUCUCUGUCCCAGAGCCCCGUGCGGCAGGCUUCCUCUUCCUCUUCUUCCUCCUCCUCAUCUUCAGCUUUGAGUGUUGGCCAGUUAGUCAGCAAUCCCCAGACAGCCUCCAGCGAGGUGGAUGGGGUGAACCUUGAGGAAAUCCGAGAAUUUGCCAAAGCUUUUAAAAUCCGACGCCUGUCACUUGGUCUCACCCAGACGCAAGUUGGUCAAGCUCUAAGUGCCACAGAAGGUCCAGCCUACAGCCAGUCUGCCAUCUGCAGACACACCAUCCUGAGAAGCCACUUUUUCCUACCACAGGAAGCCCAAGAGAACACUAUAGCUAGCAGUCUGACAGCCAAACUGAACCCUGGCCUUUUGUAUCCUGCCAGGUUUGAAAAGCUGGACAUCACCCCUAAAAGUGCCCAGAAGAUAAAGCCGGUGCUUGAACGAUGGAUGGCUGAGGCUGAGGCCCGCCAUCGGGCAGGUAUGCAGAAUCUUACUGAAUUUAUUGGAAGUGAACCAUCCAAAAAGCGCAAGAGGCGGACCUCAUUCACGCCGCAGGCUCUUGAGAUCUUGAAUGCCCAUUUUGAGAAGAACACGCAUCCCUCUGGGCAGGAAAUGACGGAAAUUGCAGAGAAACUGAACUAUGACCGGGAAGUAGUUAGAGUCUGGUUCUGCAACAAGAGGCAAGCACUGAAGAACACAAUUAAACGCCUAAAACAGCACGAGCCUGCGACGGCAGCCCCAAUGGAGCCCUUAACAGACUCUCUGGAAGAAAACUCUUAAAUUGGUAGAUUUCAAGAAAGAACACACACAAACAAACAAAACUUUAAACAUUUGAACUCUGUAAAGAUGCUCUUUCACCAUCCUUGUAAGUAAAAGACUCAGAAAAACUGCAAGAUGGACAGAACAAUUUAUAAAUGUCUGUGGGUUUUCCUAGAUAAAAACAAACAGAAAAAAAAUACAAAAAAAUUACACAGCACUUAGUGUGUGUGUAUGUGGUAGAACUAGUUCCAAAAUAAGCCAGUGGUUUUUUUUUUAAUGGACUUUAAAGUACACCAAAUAACUGCUUACUUUUUCCUGUAUAUUAUGAAAAUGUGACCAUGUUUUAUGGAAAAAGAACCCAACAACAACAGCAAACCUUUAACUGUUUUUAAAGGAGAGAGAGUACAAGCCUGCCACCUGGAGGAGUGAUUGUAGCCCUUCAGGUAUCAAGUGCUUCUUCACUAUGAAAACUAUUAACCAAAGUCAGAAACAUGGCAUUGAAAACUAGAUUGUUAGUCUACUCUUUUAUGAGCGCUACAUUGUGUUAUGAAUUUUUACAUUUGUACUUUGCAAAAAGAGGAAAAUAUUAAUAAUACAGGACUCUCUUUUCCCCCCUGCAUCCUCUUUCACAUGCCCAGCACAUGAGUAUGCUACACUUGGUUUGAGCUAUAAUUCUCAACCCUCUUGUUUGGCAUACACAGUUUUGUGAUCUCCAAAUGUUUGUGUGCCAAAACGACUGUUUCU